AAUUUGUAAGAUAACAAAAUGAGUGAGAGUGAUUCCGAAUUUCGUGAUUUGAUGGUAGAAUCAUUGGCACAAGACGGAAUACUAGCCAAAAUCAGGGCACAACUCAGAGCCCAUAUUUAUAUAGCUUUAGAAAAUGAAUCUAAAAUAACAGAAAACAUAUCUAAUGCAUUUCAUUCUGAUUAUUAUGCUAUUAUGUUUUUAAUAUAUGAUUUUUUAAACUUCUAUAAUUUUGAAUAUACUCUAUCUGUUUUUGAAGCAGAAUCUGAUUAUUCAAAUAAAAAACAUUUUAAUAAUAAAACAGAUUUUUGUAAACACUUCAAUAUUACUCCAGAAAUCGAUCCGUCUCCCAUGUUACUAGAAAUAUUUCAAGUAUAUAAGAAACAUUUGCAAAAACCAAAGUAUUGAAUUCAACAUAUGAUCUCGAUGCUGAUUCAAAAACUAUAGAAAAAUUUCCCACAUUAAGUCUGAAACAUUUGAUAAAACAAUUAUUACCGAUGAUAAAAAUAUGAACUCAAAUGAC